AUGGAUGAUAACAAAAACAUCAUCAAAGCCCUAGCUCGGUGGUGUCUUGUUCUGCAAGCCAUCAUGGUAUCUUCCAACACCGUGGCUCUCAAGGAACCAGACUACGUAAACAUGAACAUAACAAUACGUAAUGCAAUGACCGGGCUGCUCCGCCCGGAAGUCGUCUAUCGGUGCCAGUCCAGACGCAAAGACUAUGGUUGGCAUCGAUCUACAAAACCAGGAACUCAGUUUUCAUUUCAAAUCAUUCUCAUUAAAGGCGAAAGCAAGAUACCGGCGAUUCACAUCUGCCGUUUCCGGUCCGCUUUAGGAACCGCCACACUCGUGAUAGAAAACACUUAUCUCGACGCCGAGAUGUGUCCUAAAUCUUCAUGUGCUCAUGAAGCGACACCGAAAGGGAUCUUGUUUAGAGGCCUUGAAUGGGAUUUCAAAACCGUGUUUCCAAAGCUCAAACCAGUUGAGUAUCUAGAAUUGCCGUGGACACCUUGGCCAAACAGAAUAUGA